AUGAUGAACAAUUUGAAAAAUAUAAGAACACAUAAUUUAUUACUAACAAAUCGUUUAUUAAAACCAACUAAAAAACAUAUCAAAACAACAGAAGAAAAUGACUGGUGAGUCAUGGAAGUAUAUUAAAUUAAAAUGUAUUCUAAAUACUAGAUUCAUUUUAAAAUAGGUUAAUGUUAUUCUAAAAAUCGAAUUAAACUAUUUUUAUUAUGACUCCAACUCUCCGUCUUUUUAUACUAAUAAUGAUAGAUACUUACAAAAUAUUUAGAUUUGCCUGUAGGUAUAAAAAUAAUUUUUUAAAUAUUUAACAUAGUACCUAGAUUUAUAAUACAGAUUUAUUAAUUUAAUAUUUAAUAGAACUAAUUUUGUAUGAUCAAUUUUAUGAAACUGCUAUUGGAGUGGAAAAAAGUUCUUGAUUUUAUAGGCAAUGGUGAAAUUGUUAUUAUCCAAUAAAAUUGCAAACUAAUAAAUACUAUAUUUAAAAUCUAAUCAACUAUCUAACUAUUAAAAAGUUAAUUGUAUUCCUAUAAUAUAGAAAAUAUAACAAAUUCUUAAAAGGCCAAUAUAAAUCUUUGGCUUUCUGCAAAAAGGACUAGUGUCUAAAAAAACAAAAAAUACAAUUUAUUACAAUAAUUAUAGACUUAUAAAGGAUAGAUUUUUAAUUUUUUUGGAAAUAAAUGUAUAUUAUCAAUAACUAAACUUCCAAUUUUAAAUUUGUAUUUAACAUUGAGAUUUUUGCACAUUGCCACAGAAAUAAUAUAAUUUUAAAAUUAAAAUUAAAUUGAAUCUAUAGUUUUUUUAAAGUAAAAUUGAUUUAUAACUUAUUCUGUCUGUGUACUUUACUUAAAUAUAAAAACUCCUAAAUUUAUGAAUUAUUUUAUUUUAGGUUAUUAAUCACUACAAACUGGCAUUUUUGGAUUUACGUAUGGACGCUAAUGAUAAUCGCAAUAGUAGGCUUAGGUGCCACUUUGAUGCUACUGGUUGUCUUACGAAUCACUACUAGCAUGGAAAGCAUAGAAUUUUUAGCAGACAAUGGGUUGACUAAGCUUAUAGGCAAUAUAGAUUUAGACGAAAUAUAUAAAACUGAUGGAAUAUUGGAAGGCUUUAAAGAUAUACCAUUAGAAAUAGGAAGUGAAAACAGCAACAUAAUUGUACACAUUAUCAAUCCAGAAGAUAAAAGUAAGUUUUUUAAUUGUUAUAGAGUAAAAUCAGAAGUUACUUAUAUAAAUAUAUUAUUAUUAUUUAUUUGCUUACAAGGUAUGGAAUCGGUGAUUGAACUUGGAUCUAGUAAAACACAAGUGAAAAACAUUGAUUCAUUUACAGUGGGUAACCCGGAUAAUCCAAUUUUUACUACUUUGUUUCCUAAUUUUGGACUACCAGAAGGUGUCCGUCAUUUGGAUGUUGCUACAGUAUAUUCUAAUCGGAUAGUGAGCCCAAUAAAUGAAACACUAACAUUAAGAUCUUCUAAUUACACUCGACUAAAAGGUAAUGAAGGAACUAUCAUUGAUGGAUCCAAAAUAAAAUGGACAGCCGAAGGGGAUAUAUUUCUCAGAUCAGUAAAUGGCACAGUAGUACUGAGUUCUGCUGGGAUUUACUUGGAUGUUCAGAAUUUACCAGUAGUACUGCAUCCCAGAUAUACUACUCCUCCUCCUCAAUAUAAACUAUGCAUUUGUAUGCCAAGCGGAAUGAUAUUUAGAGUACCUGUAUCUACAAGCUACAGUUCGCAUCUGGCUUGCAGUAUGAUUGAUAUAGAAGAAGGCAAUCAUCCAUGUGAAUAG